AUGACUAGCAUGUUCUUGGUGAGGCUCAAGAACUUUCGCCCUCUUGUGGACGGAACCUCCCGGCUCGCUCAAAUUGCAAGGGAAUCCGACAUUAUAUUCACACCAUUGUCGCUCAAGUUAACAACCUCCCGGCCUUCCCCUCGCUUCAUUGCAACGCUGCAAAUAUUCCACCAGUGCUUCACCGUCUACUCCGUCAAUAUCGAUCACUGUUCCAGGAUUUCCCUCGAAUCAUUACACGAUGCUUUGUUGGAUUGCGGAUCUUCUUCUGCAAUGACCAUUCAUCUUCUUGAAAACACAAACCUAAUGGUCCUUAGAUUUGAAACUCCAAAUCAUGAGCCACAACUCCGUCAUGAUUUUGUAUUGUUACCCCCUCAAGAACAGUCUAUAGAAGAAAUUGAAUAUUCAAAAUCUUUAGCACUUGAUUCGCGAGAUUUACGACAAGUUAUAAAAGAACUACCGCUCUUCCACGGUGAUUCAGUUUGUGUUACGGUAACGAGUUCACGAGUGAGGUUCUCUAUUGCAUCAAGAGAGUUAAUUUUUAAGAAAGAGAAAGGGCGAUGUGAAAUUCUGGGUCAUGAUGGAGAUGCUGUGACUGAAUUUCGAAUCGUUCUGUAUCCUAUGCUGUUUUUCCUUAAUUUGACGUAUGAUGUACAGACAGUAUGGUUUCAUAAGACAAUAACCAAUACUCACGAUGUCAUGAUUUUUCCAGUUUUUGAAAUUUUUGCUCAAUAUGUCAUCUAUUUUCCCCGAAUGUGA